AUGGCCUUCACUUCCAGCUCCUGGCACAGCUUUAAAGUAGCUUCUGAAUAUAUUCGGGCGCUCUCGUUUGAUCGAGCGGCACUUUUACUGGUUUCAGAAAUAAAAUACAAGGAUUUGAAUUCAUCAACUUUUGUACGGGCGCCAAGAGGAGCUAAAAUCAAAAUUAGCAAUAGAUCAGAACCCGUAGUGUUGGAUGAUCAUUUCGUCAUUGGCAGGAGGGACACUUAG